AUGAAAUUACUAGAAGGAAAAGUUGCCAUUAUUACAGGUGCUAGCCGUGGAAUUGGAAAAGGAAUUGCAGAAGUUUUUGCUAAACAUGGCGCAAAUGUUGCGUUUACAUACAGUUCGUCUGUAGAAUCUGCCCAGGCUUUAGAAUCUGAGCUAAAUGGUUUAGGAAUUAAAGCAAAAGGAUACCAAUCGAAUGCAGCCGAUUUUAAUGAAGCGCAAACUUUUGUUGAUGCUGUUUUAGCUGAUUUUGGAACAGUAGAUAUCUUAAUAAACAACGCAGGAAUUACAAAAGAUAAUUUAUUGAUGCGUAUGUCUGAAGCUGAUUUUGAUCAGGUUAUCGAUGUAAAUCUAAAGUCAGUAUUUAAUAUGACAAAAGCAAUUCAGAAAACUUUUCUAAAACAACGUGCUGGUUCUAUAAUUAAUAUUAGUUCUGUAGUUGGAGUUUCAGGAAAUGCAGGGCAAACAAAUUAUGCAGCUUCUAAAGCAGGUGCAAUUGGUUUUACAAAAUCUGUAGCAUUAGAGUUAGGUUCUCGUAAUAUUCGUUGUAAUGCAAUUGCUCCGGGAUUUAUUGAAACCGAAAUGACAGCAAAAUUAAGCGAAGAUGUAGUAAAAGGGUGGAGAGAAGGAAUUCCGUUAAAACGUGGUGGAACUGCAGAAGACGUUGCAAAUGCUUGUCUUUUCCUUGCUUCUGACAUGAGUGCUUAUGUUACCGGACAAGUACUUAAUGUUUGUGGAGGAAUGUUAACCUAAAGAAUAAAUCUCAGUUUAAGUUUUCAGUAGCACUGAUUACUGAAAACUGUCACUGAAAACUAUAAAAUAUGACUACAAACACGAUUCUAUUAUUAUUACUUUCCUUAGUAAUAGCUGGUGGUUUGUCGUAUUUUCAAUAUUUUUUUAAAGCCAAAAACAAAUCCAAUGUGGUUGUGUUUUUGGUCUUUUUUACGUUUUUUAGCCAUUUUUGGAUUAUUAGUUUUAUUGAUAAAUCCUAUAAUGACAAAGAACUCGCUGGAAAUUACCAAAACCCCUUUGGCAAUUGCAGUGGACAAUUCAAGUUCGAUUACAGUUUUAAAAUCGGAUAAAAAAGCUGAAGAACUUUAUCAAAAAAUAAUUUCGAAUCCUGCCCUUAAAGAAAAAUUUGAAAUCCAGUCGUAUCAGUUUGAUGCUGAUUUCAAGCCUUCGGACAAAUUCGAUUUUAAAGGCAAGCAAACGAAUCUUGAUGAAGUUUCCAGGAACCUUAAAAGCAUUAAUAAAAACCUGAUUUUCCCAACAGUCAUUAUCACCGACGGAAAUCAAACUACAGGAAACGAUUAUGUAUAUCGUUUUGAUCCUGUCAAUAAAGUUUAUCCUUUAGUUGUGGGAGAUACAACCACCUUUCUUGAUCUUAAAAUCAAUCAGCUUAACGUAAAUAAAUACGCUUUUCAUAAAAAUAAAUUUCCUGUAGAAGUUUUUCUGCAAUAUUCAGGAGAUAAAAAUGCAAAUGCCGAUUUUACAAUUUCGCAGGGAAAUACUGUCGUAG